UACAGCUCCCGGCAGUCUGUGCGGCGGCCCGCGACUGUAAUCGGGGGGCCGUGGUGGGGCUCCCUGGUGGGCUAGCGCAGGAGUGGCGGCCUUGCUAAGCACUGUUGGGGGGCGGAGGACGGCGGGCUUCAGCUGGCGCCUCGGUGGCGAGCCGAGGAUCCACUGUCAGCCUCUGCGCUGCUCAGGGCCAGGUUUUCUUGGGCCGAACGAACGCAGAAACUCCUGGCAAGUGGGGGGCCGGGCCGGGCGUCCUCCAAGCGCCGGGGGCGGUGGCACAGGGCCUAGGGGGCCUGAUCAUCCUGACUGGGCUGCGGUUUUGUCGGCCGACCUCGGCCCUUCAGAGCGACGGGGUUUGGUCCUUCCCUUCUGGACCCAGCUCGUGCCCGUUGCGCGUUCUCGGUGCGUGGGGGUGAUGCAGCGUGUCCCAGCCACCAGACCCAUGGGAGCUUUUUAAGGCGACCAGCGGCCUCUGUCCCUUCUCAGCACCCCUGGCCAUAGGGUUGGAUCUCCUGGGGAUUUCAGAGAGGAAGGUCUGCACGGCGGAGGCCAGUCCCAAGUCUCCAAGCAUCAGGGAUCCUGCCCGAUUCUCAAGGCGGGUGGGGGACACUGGACCUCAAGACAGCCUGGCUCUGUUGGCAAUGGCUGCUAGUUUCUCACAGGAAGUUUUGGUGGCUGAGCAAAUCUGUGGCCCAGGAACUAGCAACUAAAUGCCUGGGAUGCUGACUAGAGGCUUCUUUGUGUCCUAAGGUACCCUGAGCAUAUAUGCUCACCAGGGUUUGGAGAUUGGCUAGCCUGGGCACAAUGUACUGUUCAGACAUGCAAGCUACUUCUUGGACGUGCCUAGAGGCUUGGCAUAGAAGUGUCAUGAUUCUCUGGUUGGUGCUGUGUCCAGUAUGCAAGGGACCAUCUUCCCUCUUGGCCUUGUAGUGCUUGGUCGUCAGUUGCCAGGUCUUUGAACACCCCCACCCAACCAUGGACCUGGACCCCCAUGCAGGUGUGCAGGUGGGCAUGCGUGUGGUACGCGGAAUGGACUGGAAAUGGGGCCAGCAGGAUGGAGGUGAGGGCGGUGUGGGCACCGUGGUGGAGCUUGGCCGCCAUGGCAGCCCCUCGACCCCCGACCGUACAGUUGUCGUUCAGUGGGACCAGGGCACACGUACCAACUAUCGAGCUGGCUACCAAGGUGCCCAUGACCUGUUGCUCUAUGACAACGCCCAAAUCGGUAUCCGCCACCCCAACAUCAUCUGUGACUGCUGCAAGAAACAUGGGCUUCGUGGCAUGCGUUGGAAGUGCCGUGUCUGCUUUGACUAUGACCUCUGCACGCAGUGCUACAUGCACAACAAGCAUGACCUUACCCAUGCCUUCGAGCGCUAUGAGACAUCGCACUCACGCCCGGUUACGUUGAGUCCCCGACAGGGCCUCCCUCGAAUCCCACUGAGGGGCAUCUUUCAAGGAGCAAAAGUGGUACGAGGCCCUGACUGGGAAUGGGGCUCACAAGAUGGAGGCGAAGGGAAGACAGGCCGUGUGGUGGAUAUCCGUGGCUGGGAUGUGGAGACAGGCCGAAGUGUGGCCAGUGUCACAUGGGCAGAUGGAACCACCAAUGUGUACCGAGUGGGCCACAAAGGCAAGGUGGAUCUCAGAUGUGUUGGUGAGGCAGCUGGCGGCUUUUACUACAAGGAGCACCUCCCGAAGCUUGGCAAGCCAGCAGAGCUGCAACGCAGGGUGAGUGCUGAUGGCCAGCCCUUCCAGCGUGGGGACAAGGUCAAGUGUCUGCUGGACACAGAUGUCCUGAGGGACAUGCAGGAAGGCCAUGGUGGCUGGAACCCUAGGAUGGCAGAGUUUAUCGGACAGAUGGGCACCGUGCACCGCAUCACAGACCGUGGGGACGUGCGUGUGCAGUUCAACCAUGAGACCCGCUGGACCUUCCACCCUGGGGCUCUCACCAAGCACAACAGCUUCUGGGUGGGUGAUGUGGUCCGGGUCAUCGAUGACCUUGACACUGUGAAGCGACUGCAGGCUGGACAUGGUGAAUGGACUGACGACAUGGCCCCUGCCCUGGGCCGCGUGGGGAAAGUGGUGAAGGUGUUUGGAGAUGGAAACUUGCGUGUGGCAGUUGGCGGUCAGCGAUGGACCUUCAGCCCCUCCUGCCUGGUGGCCUACCGGCCCGAGGAAGAUGCCAACCUGGAUGUAGCUGAGCGUGCCAGAGAGAACAAAAGCUCACUGAGUGUGGCCCUGGACAAGCUUCGGACCCAGAAGAGUGACCCAGAGCACCCAGGGAGGCUGGUAGUAGAGGCUGCACUGGGAAAUGUAGCCCGGGCUCUGGAUCUACUGCGAAGGCAUCCAGAGCAGGUGGACACAAAGAACCAGGGCAGAACUGCCCUGCAGGUGGCUGCUUACCUGGGCCAGGUAGAGCUGGUACGGCUGCUGCUGCAGGCAAGAGCAAGUGUGGACCUGCCAGAUGAGGAGGGCAACACUGCACUGCACUACACAGCCAUGGGGAACCAGCCUGAGGCCACAAGGGUGCUCCUGAGUGCAGGAUGUGGGGUAGAUGCUCGGAAUGGCACACGCAGCACAGCCCUCCAUGUGGCUGUACAGAGGGGCUUCCUAGAGGUGGUAAAGAUCCUGUGUGAACGUGGUUGUGAUGUCAACUUGCCGGAUGCCCAUGCAGACACACCCCUACAUUCUGCCAUUUCUGCGGGUGCCGGUGCCAGCAGCAUUGUUGAAGUCCUUACCGAGGUGCCUGGCAUCGAUGUCACUGCUACCAAUAGCCAGGGCUUCACACUGCUGCACCACGCAUCCCUCAAGGGCCAUGUGCUAGCAGUUAGAAAGAUUCUGGCAAGGGCACGGCAGCUGGUGGAUGCCAAGAAGGAGGAUGGCUUCACUGCACUCCAUCUGGCAGCUCUCAACAACCACCGUGAAGUGGCCCAGGUCCUAAUCCGAGAGGGUCGCUGUGAUGUGAAUGUGCGAAACAGGAAGCUUCAAUCCCCACUCCAUCUGGCUGUGCAGCAGGCCCACCUGGGGCUGGUACCGCUGCUGGUGGACGCAGGCUGCAGUGUCAACACUGAGGAUGAGGAGGGCGAUACAGCCCUACAUGUAGCACUACAGCGCCAUCAGCUGUUGCCCCUGGUGGUUGACAGGGCUGGGGGAGACCCUGGGCCCUUGCAGCUGCUGUCAAGGCUACAGGCCUCAGGCCUCCCAGGCAGCACAGAGUUGACUGUAGGCGCUGCAGUGGCCUGCUUCCUGGCAUUGGAGGGUGCUGACGUGAGCUACGCAAACCACCGAGGCCGGAGCCCACUGGACCUGGCUACAGAAGGCCGUGUGCUCAAGGCCUUGCAGGGCUGUGCCCAGCGCUUCAGGGAGCGACAGGCAGGUGGCGGUGGGGGUGUGCCCCCGGGCCCCCGGCAUGUGCUGACUACUCCUAACACCGUGACGAACCUGCAUGUGUCUGGCACAGCAGGGCCAGAGGCUGCCGAGUGCCUGGUGUGCUCGGAGCUGGCAUUGCUAGUUCUGUUUUCACCGUGUCAGCACCGCACAGUGUGUGAGGAGUGCGCUCGAAGGAUGAAGAAGUGUAUCAGGUGCCAGGUGGUCAUCAGCAAGAAGCUACGCCCAGAUGGUUCAGAGGUGGUAAAUGCCAUCCAGGUCCCCGGCCCACCUCGGCAACUGGUAGAGGAGCUACAGAGCCGCUACAGGCAGAUGGAGGAGCGCAUCACCUGCCCCAUCUGCAUCGACAACCACAUCCGCCUAGUGUUCCAGUGCGGCCAUGGAGCGUGCGCACCCUGUGGCGCUGCGCUUAACGCCUGCCCCAUCUGCCGCCAGCCCAUCCGUGACCGCAUUCAGAUCUUCGUGUGAGCGCACUCCACACGCCGUGGCUGAUCCCAGACCCUCCUUCAAAACCCCUGUAUUUUAUAAAAAGAUUAUCGAACUUUG